AUGGCGAAUCGGUCUAAAGCUUCUGAGCAGCUCAGUGAUUUCUCCAGGGCCAAAAAGGUAAGAAGCUUCCAGUGUUAUUUACCCUCUGCGCUAGUCCUUGCUUAGUAAUUGCAAACGUGUCUUCUUCAAAUUCAUUAACUUACAGAGUGUAUUAAUUAUUUUAGUCAAAUGUGGGUAUGGUUACAAUUUUCCAACCAUUUAUUUGUGGAAAUUAGGUCUAAUCUAACUAUUUCAGGAUUUUUUUUGUAAGCAGAUAUUUUCCAAUCAGUCUAGGCUGUAAGUGAUUCUGUUUGUGUGAUCUACCGAAUCGAAUCAUGUUUGCUCCUUGGCGGGUGUCCCCUUCCAUUUACUGUGUAAUCGCACGUAAUGACAAAAUUUCCGGCAAGAAGCUCGGCUAGGAAUCAAUUGAGGUCAUGAUAUGCAUUCGUGUUUGGCUUGAUAGGACCGUAAAAUCCUCUACUUAUCAAUUAUUUUCCUGACACAACCGUGAUUUUUAUUUUGUGUUUUUGCAGAAGUUUUCAAGUUACGUUAAUUUUUCUAUUGAUUACUUUGUCAGCCAGAAAUUAGAGUUUCAUUUGUCAGUUUUAUGACGAUUUUCACACCUAUGUUCCUUCACUUAAGUGAUAUUUUGCAGUAUCACUACUUCUUUCACGUCAGUAAACUCCUUUCUAGGAGCACGUACAUCUUAGGAAGUAAUUUCCACGUACGUAUUACACAAUGUGUGACGUUCUUGGCUAUUGUUAGCUGUAAGAAAGGGAAACAUAAGCCAUUGAGCGUGUGACAUCGUGCAUGCAUCAUUUCGUGACUCAUCUUGUAUACUUAGCAAAGAAUAGAGCACAGCUGAGCCUUUUUUACUUACAGUGAAAGAAAUGUUUUGAUUGUUUGUCUCUUGACUGUAACAAGCAAGUUUCCACAUGCUAGAUACAGAUGUGUAUAAGAAGCUCAAACAAAAACCAUGCAUGCAGGCAUCAUUCUGACAGAAGUUAUACUUAACCCUCUGACCCCUAAGAGUGACUAUUAUCUCAUUUCUCCCUACAGCAUUGCCCCCAAACACACAUUGAGGUCUGGAGAAUUAAGGAAAUUAUCAUCCACUAAAUAAUUAUAAAGAACCUCUUGAAUGCUAGACAAAUUCAAUUUGUUAGCACCUUUAGAAGGAAAUGUAUGGAGAAUAUGUAUUUUGAUGUUAUGGUGAAUUAUGUAUUUUGAUGUUAUGGUGUAAAGGAUUAAACAUGGCUUAAAAAGGUUUAAUUAUGAUUUUGAAAAGUCCCUUGUAUUAUUGACAAGUCUCCAGAUGUUCUCACUACUGGAACUGGGUGUCCAAUUGACACAAAGACAUCUACCAUGACAGUUGGACCCAGGGGACCCAUUCUGUUGCAGGAUGUACAGUUUCUGGAUGAGAUGAGCCACUUUGACCGAGAGAGGAUCCCAGAGAGAGUGGUACAUGCCAAGGGAGGAGGUGCAUUUGGAUAUUUUGAGGUCACUCAUGACAUUACCAAAUACUGCAAGGCUGCAAUCUUUAACAGAAUUGGAAAGAGGACACCUUGUGUUACCCGAUUUUCAACAGUAGGUUUGUAAAGCAUGUGUGCUAAUUAAAUUGUACCAUUUAAGAACCUCUCUGUGGAAAAUUUUGUUUGGAACAGCUAUUGCAUAUGUUUGUCUUUAUAUUUGAUUGCAUUCAUGUACAUGUAUGUGGAGGGAAGUUGAUAGCUAAAGGGAUCUCAAACUAGACUGGAAACAGAAGAUAACCCUUUCUAAUUUAUUCAUCUAUUUUUGUAAAACAAAUUCAGUGAUUCAACAUUUUAUUGUCAUUUCUCUUUAUACUUGUGCAGAUUUUGAUUAAAAUAUAUACAUUAGUAUUACAGGAUACAGUCCUGAAUAUUCACUAGCAGGCUCCACUGUACAAUCAACUGCAUAAAGUUAAGGUUGCUCCUGGAGUUAAAACUUGACAGCUACACUGUCCUUUAAACAGAACUGAAAUUUUGGCAAUACUAUUAAAGUAAAAGCUGUGAAAACUGACUUAUCAACCACAUAUUUUGAAUUUUAUAUCGUGGACUGUUUAAUCUAAAAGUUUUUCCUGCUCUUAAUCCUUGAAUUCCCAUAGGUGACCUAGACAUAAUUUCUUCUAACAAUAUCAAUAUGAUAUGAAGUGUGAAAGUGGUAAGAAUAAAGAAAAACAUCAUUUGGGUGAUUAUUAGAGGAUCUUAUACCAAUUUCUUCACGGUAACAUCAUUAGGAUUUUAUGGCACACAGUAAAGAGAAUUACUAAUGAGAUAUUGGGAGUUAAAGGGUUUUAUAAAUUUAAAUAGAUUUAUUUAGAUUUCUGGUAUUUAGAUUUAUUAGUGGACUUAUUUCUCUCUAAAGUUGUAUGUUUCAUUACUUUACUGUACCCUUAGGUGGAGAGUCUGGCAGUGCUGACACAGCUCGUGACCCUCGUGGCUUUGCCAUGAAGUUUUACACUGAGGAGGGAAACUGGGAUCUUGUUGGAAACAAUACUCCUAUCUUUUUUAUCAGAGAUCCAAUCCUGGUAUACAUUUUUGUUGUUAUACUAAAUAUCAAGUAUUAGUGUUCAGGUAACAAUCCAGAACAGGUAGCAAGAGAGAAUAUUGUAGUGUACAAUUUUAGUUAAGAAUAAGCACAGCUAAACCUGGUUGAAUCAAGUGCAAGAUUCCUGUGGUUGUUUUGCUUCUAAAUUUGGUAAAGGAAUUCUAUUUAUUGAUAAAUAAAGGAAUUCGUUCUGGUAAAUUAAGUCUGCUAUUUUGUUGCUGUGCAUGCUUUUCUAGAACUGUAAUUCUCUUAUUCAUUUCUUAGUUUUGUUUUUAUUUCAUUAUACAGUUUCCCAGUUUUAUUCAUACCCAGAAAAGGAACCCCACCACUCACCUAAAGGUAAAAAAAGUGUUAAUGUAUUAUGUGUUGUUAAGUGAUGUCAAAAAUAUAUUUUGAUUUUGUGUACAUUGUGCUUUUAAUUAAUGAAAUGUCAAGUUGUUCUUUGAUUCUUGAUUUUAUUUCUAAAUUUAUUAUUUUUGUUUGUUUUUAUUAGGACCCUGACAUGUUCUGGGAUUUCAUCACCCUGCGUCCUGAGACUACCCAUCAGGUGUGUUUCCUGUUCAGUGAUCGUGGCAUUCCUAAUGGCUACCAGCACAUGAAUGGCUAUGGAAGUCAUACUUUCAAAAUGGUUAAUGAGAAGGAGGAAGCUGUUUACUGCAAGUUCCAUGUCAAGGUACAGCUACAAAAGCAGUUGUACUUUUUCCUGCUGCAAAAUACUGUCUAGUAUAAUUUAUUUCUAAGCCUGUUGCAUUGUUUGGCAUGUCCAUAUCCUCUUGAGUCACAUGUUUCUUGGGUUAUUUAUGAUUUUAUAGUAUUCCUAAAUUCAGCUCGGUUUAAAUGUGACACUACAUUUGAUCUAUUUAUUUAUUAUGACAGACUGAUCAGGGGAUAAAAUGUGUGCCUGCAGACAAAGCAGAGCAGUUAGCAGGUUCUGACCCAGACUACAACAACAGACUUCUUUUUAAUGCCAUUGCCGGUGGAGACCCAGUAAGUAUGCUGCUUUGGGUCUCUGUCACCCAGAGACCCAACUUUUGUUGAGUAAGCUAUCAUUGUGCUCAUUUAUACAGUCCUCUCUACAGUAAGUAGGACAAGUUUCAUGAAAAUAUGUACAUGUUUUAGACCAAACAUGUGAGAUACAUGUACAUGUGUAUGUAUGUAACUGAUAAACUUAACUCCAAAUAAAGUUACAUUUUGAGACCAAGCAUGUGUGAUACGUGUACAUAUGAAUGUAUGUAACUGUUAAAUGUAUAAAAUCCAAAUUAAAUUACUUUUUGGGGAUGUGGGUCAUUGUCUAAUAGUUGGUAAUCUGGUAAAAGAUGAAGUUAUUAUAUAUUCAUAAAAUUAAACUAACUAAGUUGAUGAGAGCAUCUUUAAUGAUUUUUUUUUUGCCCAAAGUAAUAUGUAUAAACUUUUGUUUUAGCCAUCAUGGACCAUGUAUAUUCAAGUUAUGACCUUUGAGGAAGCUGAAAAGUUCUGCUGGAAUCCAUUUGAUCUUACUAAGGUUUGAUAGCUCUAACAGAACUUCCGUUGCUUACCAAUUGUUACGAAAUACUUGUUACAUUUUCACAUUCUAUCCUGUUCUUGAUUGUUAGAUCUGGCCACAUUCUGAGUUCCCUCUCAUCCCAGUUGGCAAAAUGGUGCUGAAUCGUAAUGCAAAAAACUACUUUGCAGAGAUAGAGCAGAGUGCUUUUAAUCCAGCCAGUAUGGUUCCUGGUAUUGAGCCUUCCCCUGAUAAGAUGCUUCAGGUAUGAAUUACAUGUAACAGAUCAUAGCUUGAUACAUUAGCUUUACAUGCAGGAUUAUAAAAUGCUCUAUGGUUGUACAAAAGCGUUCAUAAUUCUAAAGAAGCAGUAAAACAUGUGGUUUGCUGAGCUUUGCUUCAUAUCAAAGGGGAUAAGAAGUUCAGGAAGAAAACACUUUAUAUCAUGCUCCACUCAUUUUCUGUUGCAUAGGACAUCCUAAAACAAAACUAAAAACUAGGGAUGGACAUCCUACAAUCAUAAUCCAGGAACAUGCCCCUUUGAUCCCUCCUAAGGUUUGCAACAGGAUGAUUAGCUGCAUACUGUAUUGUAUAACACAUAUUCACUGAUGUGUCUUCAACUGUAUAGUUUGUUUGAUACUGGAAAAAGUUCAUUCAUUUCUGUUAAAAGUUCAGUGACCCCCAAACUAAUUAUAGGGGACACUGUGGAGUCCUGAGCAAGGAUACAAUUCAUGUCACAGCUCUAUUAGUUCUUACCAGGGAUUUGUAAGAAGCCAGUUACUAAAAGGUGCCAUACCUGGUAAUUUGUUUUUGUGUACUGCACUUGAACACUUUUUGCAGAUGUACAAGUAUGUUCAUAUGUCUCACAUGCAGUAUGUGUACAGGUUUUUUUUUUUUUGCUUUUCUUAGGGCCGCCUGUUCUCCUAUCAUGACACUCACCUGCAUCGUUUGGGAACUAACUACUUACAGCUUCCAGUGAACUGUCCAUACAGGACCAGGGUUACAAAUUACCAGAGGGAUGGACCACAGACCUUUGAUAACCAAGGUAAUAUGACAAGCUGAAAGCCUGCAUUGAGAUAAAUGUCUCAGGGGCCACUUCAAUCUGGACUUAAAACUAUUAAAAUUUGCUUCUUGUGUAUCCCUUAUUAAAUUUAUUACUUAAGUUUUUGAACAAAGGUCAGUAAGUUACUGACAUUAGCAGGAUGAAAUUUCAAAGAAUUCAAGAAUUAGUUAAUUAUGAGCUAGAGUAUCUAGCAGUCUGCCAAUUCAGAAGUCUUGCAUUUGUUGGUACUUGUUGGUAUUUGUUGGUAUUGAUGUAAUCCUUGUUUUUGAUCAUUUCUUCAUCCAGAGGGUGCUCCAAACUAUUUUCCAAACAGCUUCACAGGGCCUUUGGAUGACUUGAGGCAUUCACCACACACAGUCAAGGUAAGUGUAGAUAGUCAGAAGUCCAUUUUAAUGUUUUUUUUUUAAGUUGGGAAGUUAUUUUUUUAAUUCAUAGUCUCUAGGCUCAAUUCAUGAAGUUGAUAGACAAUGUUUUUGUUUUAUUUUAGAUCACUGGUGAUGUGGCCCGAUACAACUCUGCAGACGAUGAUAACUUUUCACAGGUUGAAUAUUUUUUUAAGUAAUGGCAGAUAUGUUUGUUUAUAUAGCUCAUUCAUUCUUGAACAGUGAGGGCUGUUCACUUAAACCGAGUUUGCCAUUGUUGAACAAAACUACAUUAUUUCUAAACUGUCUUGAAUUUAGCUAAAUCUUUUAUCUGAAGAUUUAUUUUUGUGAACAGUGUCAAGAGGGCAAAAAGCUAGCUGUAGAAGGACAUUUAUGUAAUGAAAACAAACCUCUUAUAGAGAGUACAGAAGGCCCACUUCUUGUGUGAAACGGCCAUUUUAGACAACUUACAGUAUAAAUAACCAGCCCUUAGUGAUUGAUCUGAGGUUUUGAGAAACAGAGAGAAAAGUGGUUUUACAGGGUUAAGAAAGCCAAAUGCUUCUAAAAUUGCCUUGUUUUAAAAGAUGAUGUACAUUUAGGUGCAUGAGAUUUAGAUCAAGUGCAGUGAAAUCUCAACAUAUUGCUAAGUUCAUGGACAAUAAUUACAAGCUGUAGUGUGCCAACAUGAUAAAGGCCAAGCAACUACUUGUACAUCUUGAGGGGAUGGGCUUAGUGUUUGAGAAAUUGCACAUAAGACCUGAUGAAAUUGUACAGGCUCACACUAAGAGAUAAGCAGACAUAUUCUCAUCAAUAUCUAGAGAAAUGGAUGUGCAUUGAUGAUGUAGUGGAAAUACAGUAUCUUAAUUGAAAAGGCAUACAAUGUGCGUUAGCAGUAAUUUACUUCAUAUGUCAGGACAUUUUAUGUUUUUGGCCUCACUACAGGUCACAGAUUUCUGGAACAAGGUUUUGAAUGAAGCAGAGAGAACCAGGCUGGUGAAUAAUAUUGCUGGUCACCUGAAAGAUGCUAAACAAUUUCUUCAGAAACGAGCUGUAAGUACAGUGGAGAAUGCAUUGAUUGUUUGAAGAAUUAUUUAAAUCAAAAUGUGAUGGUAAAAUUUAAUGAUCAUGGAAUGCUUUACUAAUAGCUAACAUGAUGUUAUUUUUCUUUCAUUUUGUUAGGUGAGUAAUUUCACGCAAGUUUCUCCUGAGUUUGGUCGUCGACUGACUGAAGCAUUAGCCGAGUAUCACAUGGUAAGUGUCUGUUUAAGCCUAAUAAUAAUUUGCAUACUCUGCCUACUGUUCUCUACACAUUUCUAAGGUGCUGAAAGGGAGAAUUUCUUUAAUAAUCAAGAGCUUUCUUUAGUUCAUGAUAAUUUCCUUUAUUCUUGUGGCCUAAAUGUUUGAUUCAGGGUGAUAUUGUAAGGAGAAAUGAGAUGUAAGUCAAUCUUGGGGGUCAAAGGGCUUAUAUAAAUAAAGUUAUUGCCUGAUGUAUAAUGUUCAGUAUUUAGAACACCAAAAUCAACGCCCUUUUCGCGUGCAGUGAAGAAAUACUCGAUAUGUGGUAAAGGUGCGACGUGUCCUAAUUUUCUUUUAAAUGGACACCUCUGACUCUAUUUUAGAGAGCUAUCAUUUACAUGUAGCUAAGGAAAAGUGUGCGUUCGAAGAAUUGAAAUCGUAUUAAAUACCUUCGAGUGCCUUUUUACCACUAGAUAUUUUGGUUUUCCAAGUAAACGACAGACAGACAACAUUUUCCUUGUCUGAUUUUUCUUGUAGCCCAAGGGAGCCACAGUUCAGGCCAGCCUUUGAAACCAAAGUUGAAAGAAGAGUGGAGUGACGUGCAAGUUGGGAUUACCAAAUCAUGAGAUAAUGUCCAACACUUAUCAGUAAUAAGGGAAUCGGUUUGGGACAAAGGAACAUUUGAAACUGUACUGAUGAUUCUUAACUUUACCGAAAUGACAUCUGUAAAUCAGUUUUACAGUGAGGCAGAAUCUUAAACUGGUAACAAAGCUAAUAGUUUAUAAUGAAAUCCCUAGAAGUCUGAGGAAUCCCCUCGCUCAAUAUCUAUACGCUGAAAACCAAAUUAAGAAGAUUAUGAGCAUCGUGUGGAAGCCUUUUUCAUGCUGCCAAGCGUAUGAUUAUAAUUUGAGCGUGAUUAUGUUCCUUCAAUUAAUUCCGUAUGUGCUGCUUAAAAUAAACUUGGAGUAUUGUUUAUUAAUCAUACAUCUGUUAAACUAAUUGUUUUUUGAAUGGGAAAUAAUUAAUGUAAUGGAAAUUUUACAAAAGUUGAGUCAAUAAACCUGGAUUUGUCAACAAGUAUCGUUUUUUCGAGUACAGUUGAAAUAUCUUAAGCACGUCGGUUUUCCCAGUGUUACUGACGAAAAGUGGUACUGCAGAUAGGAAAAAAAAUCCCUUUACAGGUUUGCAAACCUUUGUCAACGUAAAUUGACGAUAACCUGGUUAAUUUAACUGCAAAAAAAUGUUUUACGAUUUCGCUAGUUUCUAAUAGUCACACAGGCGGCCCUUCCCUUCAAAAACAUGAUCAUGUGACUUGUCACGGAUUUUUUUGUUUUUCGUUACCGCUGUUGCAUCAUCUUUUGCACCUCGAAUGUACGACAGAGUAAUAAUUUUAAUGGAAUGGUUGUAUUUAAAGACCAGAAUUUAAAGUCUUCCUCAGCGUUGAUUGAACGGGCUGGCUGAACAACUCUCCAUCAUGAUGAGUAAACCAUGCCGAUUUUCCUUUUUGGUUUGAUAUUGUUCAUUUCUUUUUUUACUUUUCUUUCAACAAAGUUGAUUAUAAACUUGAUGUUGAUGACUAAAGUAAAUGAAAUGCUCUAGAUAUUAUCGAAACAUUAGAAAAAAAUUCACUACAGUGAUUGAUCUACUUAAUCUACUCCACGUACAAUAGUUAUCUUUUGAAUACUUCCGCUGACCGUUUUAGCCAGAAACUAAAAACUCUUGAGUUAUUUUCGGAAGUGUCGUUUAACAGUAGCCAAUAACGAGAAACGAAAAUUUAAAAAAAACCAAUUAGAAGUCAGGUAAGAAGCGCAUCUUCUAGAUUAAAGCCAUUAAACAUUAGAGACUAGGUGUAGUUUCUUCUUUGUGACACACCAGUGGGUCAUGAACCUAAUGAAGAUAAUGGAUUAGUACUGAGGGUUUCGCUUGAAAACCGGAUUCUCCCUUUAAGUUUCGCACAAACUUACUGAAGUACAAGGAGAAUUUCGUUGUUGAUAGUUUGCCGGAAAGGCAAGUCAUUUUGUGUAAUAAGCGUGAAUUGCAGUGAAUAGGGCACCAUGUUACGCGACAGGUCACUAGCAACCAGCUGUUGAUCCCCUAAUAUAGCGCCUUGGAAUACAGGCUAAUACACAUAAAUUUCAGAUCCUAUUCCUCAAGAAACGUAACUUUAUUUACCACAGACUAGAAAAUGGAUCAUUGAUUUAUUCUAAGAAAGGGAAAUAAAGAAAUCAGGAUGUCGUCAAAUUAAACGGAAAUCUGGUGAGUACUUCACUGUUUAGUAAUCCAACUCUUGUUAACAAUAGCCCUUCAGUCGAUUGCAGAUAAACCGCCUUAUUGAAUCACGUUCGCGAUAAAAUUGAAAACAAUCCUAUAAAAUCUCAACAGCAUACAUAAUCGUAACAGAAAUACUGUUCGAUGAUUGCAAAGUAACUAGAAUGAGCUUGAAUAUAUUGCUAAAUUAUCGCCAACUAUUCCCAACCCUUUACAGGCGUAAUCAACGACAUCAUGAAAGGGUUUGAUCUCUGUCAAACUCUCACAGUUUCGUCGACGUGAGGUUGAUCUUUUUCAGAAUGUUAAACUUGAGAGAGCAUUUCGAAAUUCUUUUUUGUUUUAAGCAGAUAAGGAAGUUAAGAAUCGCGAAAAAGACCAACUACACACCCAUUUGGUGUUGUUCUUGCCAUAACAAGCAGUCUUCAGAGAUUCCAAUUCACCCUUUUGACAAGUGUUUCUGAUUAUUUCGUAUGUAACUACAAUUUUCCUGGCGCAUUUUAAAUGAUACAAAAGCAGCUACACGUUUUGGCAAUGCAAACAUUUGUUUCCGUUGUUUCGACAGCUAAUUUUGUAAUGCCAAGAGAACACCAGCUCGGUGGAAUUAAUUUUAUACUUUGCAAAACAACCUGAGAUAUCAAAUUAGCCUCUGUUGGUCCUAGCUGUCACUAUGAAUAAACGAUUCGGGGGAGAAAAUAACUGCAAUUCAAGUAUGGCCAAAAAACUGCGAGCUAACGUUUUCUGUUGAUAAGGGGCAAGCGUGCUUCCCGAUAUAAACUUACCCAAAAUCUGUUUGACUUGCAGUGUUUUUAUUUCAUCUAAGAAACAGAUGGCAAAGGAAUCUCAUUGGACAUCUCUCUCAAAGUUCAGUAUGUCUGUGGUGAUGUUCUUAACAUCACUAGCUCUGCUAUCGGUAACAGGUACGUUGCUUUGAAUAGGAAUUUAUACUAAACUCCCAAGUUUAUCAGAAAGGGUUUGUAACUUGAAGUCCUUGGUAAAUUCUGCAGCCGUGCAUGCUUUAAUCAUAUGAUUUCUUCACGCUCAAGUAUUACUUUUCUCACUUGAACAGGUCGGUGAAACCCGGAGGAGAUUGAUAGGGCCGCUGCCCCUUUCCCAUUCAAGCAAUGAGGAAGGGGAACUCGCCCACCCGAACGUCUUCUCCACCUAUUGUCAUUUUUACUAUGUAACUAUAGUGACGUUUGCAAACUACGUUUUUGCUCUAUUUUAGAAUCAAAUGCCGCUAAGGUAAAGACGUACCAUGAUAAACGCCAGAUCUCUACCUUGUUACCAUAUCAGCGCCCUCAGAUAACAUCUCUGUACGGACUUCCGCCAAGAAGACGUUAUAUGCAGCCUCCAAUUUACCAGUACAAUACAGCAUAUAAAAAUACUGCACAUAUUGCACGAGCGAAGCAGCCGCAAACGGGACUUCCAGGCUCACAGUAUUCAAAAAUAUUUAAAGCUCAGCCUCAGAGACAGUACGUAUCUUAUUAUUAUCCUCAUCGGACCCACUACAGGGACUGGUCUCGGAAGCUUCUUGAAGCGAGUGCGUUUGCGCGAAAGCUACAGGAAAGUAGAAAGCAAACCCUCCUGCGACAGAAACAGAGAACGGAUCCGAGUGGUGCAGGGAUCAAGUUUUUUGUUGCUGGUGUAAAUCCAAAUGGAAAAGUCCUGCAACAGUUGGCUACUCAAGGGAAAGUUCAAAACACAAACGGAAAUAUUGUUUCUAAUAAACCCUUAAAACAAAACCUUGCUGAAAAUAUUCCAAAUAGUCAACUUUCCGGCGCGACACGACCCAUUCAGCAGAGUCCUUCAACAGCAACUGUUACAAAUAUGAACAACAAACCGAAAAGUGGACCUGCUUUUGUUGCCAGUCAUCCAGAGAUUCCAGCAAGUCCACCUUUCCAAGAUCAAAAAGCAGAGACGAAAACGAGUUCUAAUGAAAUGUCUCCUCGACCGUUGUCAGUAGGGAUGGCAGUUGGAAAUGAUAUAAACGCUAAUCUUCAGUCGCAACAAAGACUUGUCCCCUCCUUCAACAAGGGGUCCAGCACCAAUUCAAAUGGUGCAAUUUUGAGUGAUAAGUUCGAAGGUGCUGCUUUGGGACCGAAAGCGCAUUCAUUACUUCAACCGACUCCCGCUCUGCGGUUAAGCCAAAGCGGCAACCUGCCACAUUUCCACGCCGAUGAGAAUAAACAGCCUAACAUGAGCCACAUUUCUCUUGGCUCAGGAAUCAGUUUAAAUAAUGGGUUCCCAGCUAAUGAUAAUACUUUGACGCAAGGAGAACAAAGGAAUGCUCCCACUGGAAAAGAUCAGAAUCAACUGAUUAACAAAGGUUCUGAAAAUCUGUUAGGAAAUUCACCUUCAAUAACCCAAGACAACUCGCAUCCUUUACUUCAAACGAGUAUUUCGGAUAAACCCGUGCAAGGAGGAAGUCAAGCAUCGUUGACGACUCAGGAGAUUAAAAAUGUUCAAGUUUCAACAAGCCCCGCUUCAAAUUCUGCUAAUGUUGAUAAAUCUACUGCUCAAGAGCUUAAGGCUGGUCUCGUGUUCGCCUCACCUUCCAGACCGCCAUCUCAGGCACUGGUCACACAACCGCCUCGUCCAAGAAUUGCACCAAACGGCAAAAACUCCUUCUCCAGAAAUGACUUACCAGGAGGUUUUAAUCAUGACCCGCAAACACAAUUAGACAAAGAGUUGGCUCUGAAGAACCUUCUAUUUCCACCGCCUGCUGUAUCGAAAAAUCAAGCUUUUGGCACAAAUCCUGUUGUCCCUUCAAAUUCUGCUCAAUUUCUGCAGCCACAGCAGGGUCCCCGCGCUCAAGUUGACAAGAUGAUACCUACUUUCCCAGCCUUCCGAUAUGAUCGAAGACAUAACAUCCCACAAUCCCCUUCACGCAUUGAGAAGAAGUCGUUUGUUCCGCAAAAUAACAAGGUUCCUUAUAAGGGUUCGUUUCCUCUUAUGUUGCACAAGUUUUCACCCUACUUCAAAAUGAAACGAAAUCUCAAACAAGUGGCGAGCGAACAGGCCAAGGCCAGAAGGCGAUUUCUUGAACUGCAACGUAAGUUACGUAAGAUAACGUAAAAAUUAACAGACUCAAAAGAGAUUCUUUUUGUCUAGAAAAAACGGAGGUAACUGUAACUUCAGUUUCCCACUGGCAACUCUAAUAAGAAUCCUACUAAUAUUAGCUUUUACAAGAGAUUUUUAUAACUAGUCGAACUCCAUCUCCUGAGAUAACUAGAGAAAUGUGAACAAUAUGUCUUUGUUGGUGUCUUAAAUAACCUACAUUCGAUAUGUUUGAGGGUGAGCCAGGAAUCUCGUUCUAGUGGAACAAUUUGAGGUGUUCUGAUAAAUUUCCCUUGGAAAAUUAAAAAAAAAAGCUUCCGCUUCCCUCCGCUGAUUUAUUUUGUUUGGCUUUCCAUUUUGUUACAGCGGUUCCUUCCAAACUGACUUUUUAAGUGAAGGGUGGCAACUCGUGAAAGAAACACGGCCAUGUAUUUCUCCUAAAUAAUCGGGAUCGUUCCAAAUAUGGCGCUGAGGUCCCAGUAUGCCACAGGGAUCCUACCUUAACCUAGCAACACACUCAACCCUAACUUGAUUGUAUGUAUCCUGCGUGGCUGGCAGUUUUUCGCGCACUUUAAGUUCAUUAUACGUCCCAAACCUCUCUCUGCUUCGCCUCUCAUCGCUUUUAAGCACACAUAAAACCGCUAGCAAUGCAGGCUGGAAUUUCUGCUGCGAUCGUUUUGUGUCAUCAUUGAUGUUAUACGUUUCAAAUUGGUUAAUUUGAUAUUACUUUUUCUCUUUUUUUUCUUGUCCAGCUAUCAAAUGAUAAUUGUGAACCAUCAUGUUGGGAUAGCAUCCUGGAUAAAUGUGCAGUUUGGUUGGAAGUAAAAGCAGUGCUUUUGGUAAACCCUCGUACUCCGCCAAAUGUAUUCAUAUAUCAUACUGGACUAGCCAUAGGCGUUUUACCACACUGAGACGUCUUUUUGACACUAAGCGAAAUAGUUGGUACUCAAACUGGUAUUCAUUAGAAAUGGUAAAUAUAGAAGAUAGAGGUAGAGAAAUGACAAGCAAAAAAAUGGAUAGAUUAGUUAUUGCGGGAUCCAAUAAAAGGCUGCAUACUGUACACAAGUAAUAGAGUUGAAAGAGUUCGCAGCUCGAUCUCAACAUGCAGUCACGGAAAUUGUUAUUCCGAACUUGUAUAACAUGUACCUCAUACGCUGAUCGUUUAAGCAAUGAUUCUGUUUGAUCAUAGAGUUUCAUUAGAGCGCUUUCCUACUGAGUGUUGUAAAAUCGAAACCAAAGUAAUCACAAUGGCCGAUCAGAUAAAGGAAAACGCCUUUAAGAAACCUUGAGAACUCAAAGUAAAUACGACCAAAUUGCCUAAAGCGCGGGAAAACGCGGGCGACCAAGUCGUGAUUGAUUUUAGUUUUAUAUCUGAUUGGAUGAAAAGUGACGCCAGUUUUCUGGACCAAUCGCAGAGCGAAAUAAAGCAAAAAAAAAAAAGGCAAUCUUGAAUAACGUUCGACACUCAAUCGAAAAUUGCUCUAUUUACGAAUGCUUUAAAGUGUUAGGAAGCGGUGGAGGCAGAAAUUUUCAGCUACAAGUCACCAGGCCUCGUCUUCGUUAAGCUGUCGAAACGUUCCUCUGUCAUUUUGCAAACUAAUGGAAACAAAAACGUAAUACUUAAACAUUCUUUAUGUACAAGGAGCAUAAACAGGAUCAGGGAGAUUUUAAAUGUUCUUAUGUAACAGCUUUGAUUGU